GGCGUCCCAGAAGAAGGCAACAUGGCGGCGUCGUCGAGCAGCUGGCAGCGUGUGAUGAAGAUGAAGAAAGCGACGCUUCCUUCCCUGCUGGUCAUCUUAGGAGCUACCGGCACCGGCAAGUCCAAGCUGGCCAUUGACUUAGCAACACGACUGCGGGGACACGUCAUCAGCGCAGACUCCAUGCAGGUCUACAAGGGUCUGGACAUCAUCACCAACAAGGUGACGGUGGAGGAGUGUGCCCAGUGCAGACAUCACAUGAUCAGCUUUGUGGACCCGUUGGUGAGCAACUACACGGUGGUGGACUUUAGGAACAAAGCUCUGACUCUAAUUGACGACAUGCACGAGCACAACAUCCUGCCAAUCAUUGUCGGAGGAACUAACUACUACAUCGAGUCCCUGCUGUGGCGAGUCCUGUUGGACGCUGGGGAGAGCUCCAGAGAUGGAGCCACGGACAGGAAGGUGCAACUGGAGAAACUGCCAGGAGUUGAGUUACAUAAUCGACUGAUGGAAGUGGACCCCAAAAUGGCUGCCAUGUUGCACCCCAAUGACAAGCGCAAAGUUGCAAGAAGCCUGCAGAUCUAUGAUGAGACGGGCGUCCCUCACAGCUCCUGGCUGGAGGAGCAGCGAGGCCAGCAGGGAGGCGAUGGCCUUGGGGGCCCGCUGAGGUUCCAAGACCCUUGCAUCCUUUGGCUGCACGCUGACAUGGACGCGCUGGACAAGAGACUGGACUGUCGUGUAGAUGAGAUGCUGUCUGCUGGGCUGAUUGAAGAACUACGAGACUUCCACGCACGCUUCAAUCAGAAGGAAGCCCAGAAGGACAGUCCCAACUACCAGCACGGAAUAUUCCAGUCCAUUGGCUUCAAAGAGUUCCACAAAUACCUGACGGCACCUGAAAGCAUCACCCAGCAGGAGAGAGAAGUGCUGAGAAACAAAGGUGUAGAAGCUUUAAAGAUGGCUACCAGACGCUACGCUCGCAAGCAGAACAAGUGGGUCCGCAACCGAUUCCUUAAACGACCUGGAGAGUGUGUGCCAUCAGUGUACGGCCUGGAUGUGACGGAUGUGUCAAGAUGGGAGGAGACGGUGGUGAAGCCUGCACUGCAGAUAGUGGACAGUCUCCGCAAGCAUGAGCAGCCCGCGGUCAACGCCAUCAGGAUGCAGGGGGCGGAGCCAGGAAACACACGCAGCCACCAUACCUGCCACCUGUGCCACAAAGUCAUCAUCGGAGACCUGGAGUGGGCCGCUCACCUCAAGUCCAAGAAGCAUCACUUCCAGGUGAGGAAGAAGAAGAGAACAAGUGAAUGCAAGGAGUCUCAGAGUAAGCCUUCAGCUCCUCCUUCAGUUCCUCCUUCAGCUCCUCCUUCAGCUCCUCCUUCAGUUCCUCCUUCAGCUCCUCCUUCAGUUCCUCCUUCAGCUCCUCCUUCAGUUCCUCCAACAGUUCCUCCAACAGUUCCUCCUUCAGUUUCUCCGUCAGAUGUUGAGAGUGAAACAAAACUCUCCACUCACACCACACACUAGCAAGCUGCUGGCACAUGGAAACAAGCACCAAGUCUUCUGCUGGCACAUGGAAACAAGCACCAAGUCUUCUGCUGGCACAUGGAAACAAGCACCAAGUCUUCUGCUGGCACAUGGAAACAAGCACCAAGUCUUCUGCUGGCACAUGGAAACAAGCACCAAGUCUUCUGCUGGCACAUGGAAACAAGCACCAAGUCUUCUGCUGGCACAUGGAAACAAGCACCAAGUCUUCUGCUGGCACAUGGAAACAAGCACCAAGUCUUCUGCUGGCACAUGGAAACAAGCACCAAGUCUUCUGCUGGCACAUGGAAACAAGCACCAAGUCUUCUGCUGGCACAUGGAAACAAGCACCAAGUCUUCUGCUGGCACAUGGAAACAAGCACCAAGUCUUCUGCUGGCACAUUUAAAAAAGGACCUUAUCUUCACCAGACCAGGUUGUCAAUGAAAGUAUAUUGUUUAAAGGGUUCUUAAAGGCCUACUGAAAGCCACUACUAGCGACCACGCAGUCUGAUAGUUUAUAUAUCAAUGAUGACAUCUUAACAUUGCAACACAUGCCAAUACGGCCGGGUUAACUUAUAAAGUGACAUUUUAAAUUUCCCGGGAAAUAUUCUGCUGAAAACGUCUCUGUAUGAUGACGUCUGUGCGUGACGUCACGAAUUGUAGCGGACAUUUUGGGACAGCAUUGUGGCCAGCUAUUAAGCCGUCUCUUUUCAUGGCAAAAUUCCACAGUAUUCUGGACAUCUGUGUUGGUGAAUCUGUUGCAAUUUGUUUAAUGAACAAUGAAGAAAGCAAAGAAGAAAGCUGUAGGUGGGAAGCGGUGUAUUAGCGGCCGGCUGCAGCAACACAAACACGUAGCCGGUGUUUCAUUGUUUACAUUCCCGAAAGAUGACAGUCAAGCUUUACCAUUGGCCUGUGGAGAACUGGGACAACAGAGACUCUUACCAGGAAGACUUUGAGUUGGAUACGCAGACGCGGUACCGUGAGUACGCAGCUGCGGCUUCCAAACAUUUGAUCGCUUGCCCGUACGUGCGUGCCGCUAUGUGCAUGUCACGUACGUAACUUUGGGGAAAUAUAUGUGCUGUAUGAACUUUGCAGAGGUGAACGGUACUUUGGGCUGUGGGAUUGAGUGUGUUGUGCGGGUGUUUGAUUUGUAUUGGUGGGUUAUAUGGACGGGAGUGGGGAGGUGUUUGUUAUGUGGCAUAUUAAAUAUAAGCCUGGUUUUGUUGUGGCUAAUAGAGUAUAUAUAUGUCUUGUGUUUAUUUACUGUUGUAGUCAUUCCCAGCUGAAUAUCAGGUCCCACCCGCCUCUCACAGCAUCUUCCCUAUCUGAAUCGCUUCCACUGCCCUCUAGUCCUUCACUCUCACUUUCCUCAUCCACAAAUCUUUCAUCCUCGCUCAAAUUAAUGGGGUAAUCGUCGCUUUCUCAGUCCGAAUCGCUUUCGCUGCUGGUGGCCAUGAUUGUAAACAAUGUGCAGAUGUGAGGAGCUCCACAACCUGUGACGUCACGCUACUUCCGCUACAGGCAAGGCUUUUUUAUCAGCAACCAAAAGUUGCCAACUUUAUCGUCGAUGUUCUCUA